AUGGUCUCCUCCUCGCAGCUGCUAGUUUAUGGUGCUCUAGCAGCUGUACCCAUUGCCUUCAUUGCCGCGCGCUGGACGCAGUGGCAAGAUGUUGAGAUAACUAUAGAGGAUUUGGCCGACAAGCUCUUCGAGACCUUGCUUACUGACGCAGUGUCCUUUGCGCUUCCUGCUGCCUAUGCACGCUUCGCUCUGCCUUGCCCUUGGACAAAGCCAGAACCAUGGCCCCUGAAAAUUCUCACAGCUGGUGGGCUGGGCGUGAUAGCGCUGAUAAACCUAGCAGCUGCGCGCCGUGCCUCCGUUGAAGGCACCUCACGUGGGGUCGCAGAUUUUGGAGGCCUUCUGGUAGCGCAUGUUGCAUCGUAUUGCAUUGUACCUCUUUUGGAGCGGGACUGGCAGCCUUUGAUCUCCCUGGGCUUUCUGGUGAUGGUUUUGCUGGCGGGGUUGCAGAGGGAAAUGCCGCUGGAGACGGCGCAGGUGCUGACAGCUUUCCUCUUUUGCUAUCUUGCCCGUAGCCGCCUCAAAUUUCGCUGGCAUCUAGCACUGGCUAUGUCUGCUGGUGGGGGCGUGGCGGUCCCCUACUUAAUUCAGGUCCUCAACUGGCUGUUACCCCUUCGUGAAAUGGUCUCAGUAUAUCAUACCAUCAAAGACCUGCUCGGUACUCGUCAGUUCGAGGAAGAGGUUUGCGAAAUCCUGAUAGUCACGGGAUAUGUUCAAAUGUCCUUGGGCUACGUGGGCAUUUGGUACAUGCGCCGUGGACAAGCGCGCACAAACUCCCUCCUUGAUGUAGCUGAUGGAAAGUUGGACGCAUGGGGUUUCGUUCAACGCGUGGGCUUGUACAUGCUGGUGGUAGCAGCUCCUUACAUGAUGCAACGGACCAUUAUGGAGACCGCAAACGCUUUGGCGUUCUAUGCCUUCCUCAGCAAGGUUGACCAACAUGUUCGAGUGGAUAGCUUCUUUUCGGCAGGAGAGUCUCCACACAACCGCUUAGAGGUUGUGCUUGACUCUGAGCACACAGUCGAUGCCUAUGCAGAGUCAGUGAUUGAGCUGAUGACCGACUGCUAUGCCAUUUUGGAGAGGAAGCUUUUUGGGCUUCCAAACCUCCUUCUGAUGUCAGAUACGCUGCUCAGCCAGCCAGCACUGAUGAUGGCAGUUCUUCCAGCGAGUGUGGUUCUGGAUUUCAGUAGGGCGCGGAUCAUGUCGUUUCUUACUUCAAGGGUGGAGCAACUAACCAAAUACCUGCGUAAGCGACUCUCCAUGAGGAAGAAGAUUGAGGAGCAUGACGUUAGGCACGCGGAGACCAUCAGCCGCACAGGUGCAGCUCCUGUGGUGGCCAGUCGCUGGGAGGAUCUUGCGGGAGAGAUUUUCCAGCUGACUGCUUGGAGGAAGUGCUUAGUAUCCUUUCGGACGUAUUUGAAUUGGAUCUACUACACCAACAUUGUGGGGGUGGGAAUUGAAUGUGCUUUGGCGCGGAUGAUGGAGCUGGGCUCAAUCACGGCGGCAGACCUUGGGGUCUAUGCGCAGGUCAUCGAGGAUUCCAUUGACUUCCUCCUGACGCGACACAGGGAGGACACCCGCCUGGCUCAGAUGAUCACCAACCAGGACUCAUUGGUACUUUGUGGGAGUUGCCUGGAGGGAAGGCUGCAGCAAUCCGAUGGAUCCUCUGUCGAUGGCUUCUGCGCGCUGCAAUCAGACUCAGGCGGUGCCUUGGCUUUCAGCAAUCUGACCUAUCACCGGAACGGCACGGCCAGAGUCAACUUGCAGCUGGAGUUGAAGCCAGGCCAUGUAUAUGCGGUGACCGGUCCUAAUGGCGCUGGCAAGAGCACCUUGUUUGCCGUGCUCUCCUCCUGCGCGCAUCGGAUGCCGCUAGCAAAUGGACUGAUGGUGGAGGGCAGCAUGGCCAUGCCUGCUGGCGAGCUUGCAGAAGUGCCGCAAAGGCCUUACCACCCUUUCUACGUGCAGCCCCUCGCCUGGCUUCUGAACCGAGCCGACAUCAAGGUACUUCCAGCUGAUGAACUCGGCCGCCUUGAGGCGCACGUGGUACAGAUCUCAGCAAAACUGGGCUUCAAGUCUGCCCAGGACUCCGGAGGAGAGGGCCUGACGAGCCACGAGCUGAGGCUGGAGUCCAUGGACUGGUACAGCGAGCUCUCUGGCGGCCAGCGGAGCAAAGCCGAGCUCAUGCGCCAGAUCUUUUUGAAACGCCGCUGUCCACAGGUUGUCUUGAUCGACGAGGCCCUGGCACCGUUGGAUCCCGUCUCCAAGCUGCUGGUACAGCAGCAGUUGAAGGACUUCUGCGCCGAGUCACUUGUACUUGUGAUCUAUCACACAGGGGAUGGAGUUCACUGUGUGAACAGCAGCGGCUUCUUCGAUGACAAUCUGCAAAUAUCGGAUGGUCACGCCAAGCUGGUGGGACUCUGUUGA